UCAGGCUCGCUUGUGAGGCUCGGAAAUGUUGCUACAUUGGAAGAAGGUUCUGCAUGCACCGGAACACAACGAGCAUAGGCACACCAAACACACAAUGUCUACCUCGACUUGGCUAGCCCAAUAACUCAAUACGCAUAUGUACUUACGUGUGCUAAGCGGCCCAUGAGGCUCGUAAGGCUCGCUUGUGAGGCCCGAAAACGUUGCUACAUUGGAAGAAGGUUCUGCAUCUGCACCAGAGCACAACGAGCAUAGCCACAGCAAACACACAGUCUCUACCUCGACUUGGCUAGCUCAAUAACUCAAUGCGAAUAUGCACUUACGUGUGCUAAGCGGCCCAUGAGGCUCGUAAGGCUCGCUUGUGAGGCCCGGAAACGUUGCUACAUUGAAAGAAGGUUCUGCAUCUGCAUCUAAACACAACAAGCACAGACACAGCAAACAUGCAGUCUCUACCUCGACUUCGCUAGCUCAAUAAUUCAAUACGCAUAUACACUUACGUAUGCUAGGCGGCUCAUGAGGCGCGUAAGGCUCGCUUGUGAGGCCCGGAAACGUUGCUACAUUGGAAGAAGAUUCUCCAUCUGCACCUAAACAGAACAAGCACAGGCACACCAAACAUACAGUCUCUACAUCAAUUUGGCUAGCUCAAUACGCAUAUGCACUUACAUGUGCUAGGCGGCUCGUGAGACCCGCUUGUGAGGCCCGGAAAGGUUGCUACAUUGGAAGAAUAUUCUGCAUCUACACCAGAACAUAACAAGCACAGGCACACCAAACACACACAGUCUCUACCUCGACCUGGCCAACUCAAUAUGCAUAUGCACUUACGUGUGCUACGGUACGUGAAGCUAUGACUGAGUCCUCCAAUGCAUACAUUCCUCAGCAUCACAUCCGUUUGCUGCUGUUGAUCCUACCUCUCCUCGCGAACCACGACCUGAAAGGCGAAACGAUACACAGGAUGGAUACGAUGGAUGUAUGUCCAGGACACACGUACACGAAUUUCCUCCCCAACCCCCUCUACCUACCCUGUACUCUUCAGCUGUCUCUCUUUUCUGUCCGUCAGCAGCGGUAGUCUUUCCUUCUCCCGCUUGCACUUCCCCUUCACUCGUGAAGCUGUUCGAAUGACGAGGAAGAGAGUGCUGAAAAGGAGUACCCAAGCAACCACAGCAGAGAGAAAUGGCCUGCUCACGAAGGUGUUCCGUCAUCCUGUUCAGUCGUAGGUGCUAGAGCUAUGGCGAGUUGCGUAACACAGUGGUCAAGCGAGGUAUCGGCUAACGCACACCAAGCACAAAGAGCCUUCACGGAACACGCAAGAGUCUUUUGUCCGAUUUCGGGAGGGACAGGUAGACAGAGAGAGAGCGGCUGCGCUAUCCAUCCAUCUAUCUAUCCUCUACUUCGCAUUCGCAUUCGCAUGGCUCUAGGGCGCGUAUAACUGUUCUCCAGCCUGUGAGCGCAUCAUUCCGCAACACCCCUUUUCGCACACAGCAUUAGGAAUUCCGAGUAAGGGGCACCCACUGCGUGGACACCCCGGGCCGCGAAUUGGGCGGGAGUCGAAAGCAU